AUGCAGAGGGUGCUGGGGGCCGGGCCGCUGCACUGGGAGGCGGUGGGGGCGGCUCGGCGGAGUGGGCGGGCCGGGCUCAGGCUCCUAGCAGAGGCGGGCCGGCGUAAGGCCGCGUUACUAUGGCAGCCAGUGAACGGAGGCGGGGCUCCGCCAACCGGAAGUGACGCACCGGAAGGCGGAAGUGGCGGGAAAGGCGGCUGCGCUCUCGACUGGCGCAGGGGGAAGCACGUGGCGGCCGCGGCCCAGGCCGGACUCGACGCGCCUGGCCUCCUGCCCAUGGUGGAGACGUUCUGCGCGCGGGCGAUGCGCGUGGCCGAGGCUGACCUGGUGCAGCAGCUCCGCAGCGCGCGGCCCGCGAAGGAGAAGCGGCAGUGGGUGCAGGGCAUCCUGGAAACCAUCCAGCGCUGCAGCCACGUCCUGGAGGUGUCCAUCCCCGUAAAGCGGGACAGCGGCCACUGGGAGGUGAUUGAGGGCUGGCGGGCCCAGCACAGCCAGCACCUCCUGCCCUGCAAAGGGGGGGUUCGGUUUUCGGAGUCAAUUAGCAUUGAUGACGUAAAAGCCCUGGCAGCCUUAAUGACAUACAAAUGUGCGGUGGUGGAUGUUCCCUUUGGUGGUGCCAUGGCUGGCGUGAAGAUUGAUCCAAAGAAGUAUUCAGAAGGUGAGCUGGAGAAAAUAACAAGGCAGUUUACGGUUGAAAUGGCCAAGAAGGGAUUUAUAGGGCCUGGAACUGACGUUGCUGCUCCUGACAUAAAUACAGGGGAACGGGAGAUGUCCUGGAUUGCUGACACCUACUCCCGCACUCUCGGCUACAAGGAUAUCAAUGCCCAUGCCUGUGUGACAGGGAAGCCUAUUAGUCAGGGAGGAAUCCAUGGGCGAGUCCCCGCCACAGGCCGUGGUCUGUUGCAUGGGAUUGAGAACUACAUCAACAACACUCUCUACAUGAACCUCGUUGGCCUGAGCCCUGGUUUCCCUGGCAAGACCUUUGCGUUGCAGGGCUUUGGCAACACGGGCCUGCACACCAUGAGGUACCUGCACCGCCACGGAGCAUGCUGUGUGUGUGUCGGGGAGGUGGAUGGCGCUAUUUACAAUUCCAGCGGGAUCCAUCCCAAGGAACUAGAAGAUUAUAAGAUGGAACAUGGCACCAUCGUCGGCUUUCCAAAAGCAGAGCCUUACGAAGGCAGCGUCCUGGAAGUACCUUGUGACAUCCUCAUCCCAGCUGCUAUCGAGAAACAGCUCACGAAGGAGAACGCGCAUCGGGUCCAAGCCAAGAUUAUCGCCGAAGCUGCCAACGGCCCCACCACACCAGCAGCCCAUGAGAUCUUCCUGCAGAGAAAUAUCCUCGUCAUCCCGGACCUGUAUGUGAACGCGGGCGGCGUGACCGUUUCCUUCUUCGAGUGGCUGAAGAACCUCAACCACGUGAGCUAUGGCCGCCUGACCUUCAAGUACGAGCGGGACUCCAACUACCACCUGCUGAUGUCUGUCCAGCAGAGCCUGGAGCGGACCCUUGGGAAGGACGGCAGGGAGAUCCCCAUCGUUCCCUCCCCGGAGUUCCAGGCCAGGGUGGCAGGGGCCUCGGAGAAGGAUAUUGUGCACUCGGGGCUGGCCUACACUAUGGACCGCUCGGCCCAGCAAAUCAUGAACAUCGCCACAAGGUACAACCUGGGCUUGGACCAGAGAACCGCUGCCUACCUGUGCGCCAUCGAGAAGGUGUUCAGGGUGUACAAUGAAGCUGGGUUCGCAUACUGACGUGAGCUGUCCCCUGGCCUCCCUUCCUCCCUUCCCAGGCUAAGGGCACAGCCACCUGCCCACGCCUGAAAUGCUCCCGGAAAGAGACUCGGGGGGGAGGGGGGGAGGCUGUGCUAGAGGGAGGGGUCAGGGCAUGUUUGUCCCUGUGGCUGCAACCUCAGCCCUCCCACACUGCACAGGGAGCCGCUGCCGUGGGGUCACCUAGUUCUGUGUGUGUCACCCCAGCAGUGCAUUGUCUAUUCAUAAACCAUGUACUGGGAGCAAUGCCCCCCCCCCCCCCCCCCCCCCCCGGGUCUCAGCAUUUCCCUUCACGGGGAGCGAGGGGGGGGGGGUUGCGCGUCACGGUGACUCCAGCUCUGCCCAGACCCCUUGAGAGCCUCUUGGGCUUUGGGUGCAGCUGUGCUGAGGGCACUCGGGAUUGGCUGGGUCACCUCCUGCAGCUGGACGCUGCCUUCCCUGCCCAUGCCUGCAGCGGCACCUGGUGCUCUCCUUGCCUGACUCUGCUUCUUGGGCUGCCAUAGCUCGGGAGGGCAGGGUGCUGGUGACAUCCUGCAUCCCGCAGCGGGCAGGCCAGGCGCGGAGGCUCCUACAGCAUCCAGGCCUUCAUGUCAUUCACAUGCAGCGAGCUCCUCUGGAGAGGGCAGGCAGAGCCGCUGGGCUUCCUACAGCGGUACAGGGCAGAUCACCCCCCAGGGCCUUUCCGCAGGUGAUGCCCAUAGCGCUGCAACAGCCAGUGAAACUCCGAGCGCCCCUGCCCCCGACCAUCCUUGGCCGUGUCGCUGACUUCCUGCUCGUUGGCUUUCAUGGCAUUCCCGCCUGCCUCUGAGCUCCCCCCCGCCCCCAGGCUGUACUCCUGCAGCCAGGCCUGCCCCCUGGCUCCGCACGCCUGCGAGUGGUGAGGGCAUGAGCAGCACGCUCCACCUGGUGCAGCCUCACGUGACCGGGACUCUCCCUCUACGGCAGAAGGGUAGAGCGAGGCUGCCCCAUGGCACUGACAUCAGCCUGUAUUCAGCUGGGCGGGGUAGUGUUCUGCCUAGCGAUGGGACGUCUCCAGGAACGGUGAAGGGAUGGAGAAAACAGGUUCAGGGUUUUGGGUGGGUUUUUUUUUUAAUGGAAAUUUUGGGAAAAAUUGAAAUAUCUGCCGUAGUUACUUGUUUGUCAAAACUAAACUUGAUUUGCUCUUUUAGAACGAGCAAUGUACGGUGUAGAAGGGAGGUAGCCAAGCGUUGCUUGGUAGAUUUAGGAAAUAAGUAUAAAUUCUUUCGCUUUGCUGGA